CCCCCCGGAAGCUCAGCUGAGCUCUCCUGAUUGGUCGGCCUACUGCCGGUCUCCGUUCGCGGCCCACCUCCUGCCUCUGCGGGCUUCCGUUCUUAGAUGAACCAUGGCCCUGAGAGCAUGUGGUUUGAUCAUCUUUCGAAGACACUGCAUUCCCAAGAUAGACAACAGCACAAUUGAGUUUCUUCUGCUACAGGCGUCAGAUGGCAUUCAUCACUGGACUCCUCCCAAAGGCCACGUGGACCCGGGAGAGAACGACUUAGAAACAGCCCUGAGGGAGACGCGGGAGGAAGCGGGCAUAGAAGCAGACCAGCUGACCAUCGUUGAGGGCUUCAGAAAGGAGCUCAGUUAUGUGGCCAGAGGGAAGCCGAAAACAGUCGUCUAUUGGCUGGCAGAGGUGAAGGACCACAGCGUGGAAAUCCGUCUCUCCCAGGAGCACCAAGCCUACUGCUGGCUGGCGCUGGAUGACGCCUGCCAGUUGGCCCAGUUCGAGGAGAUGAAGGCAGCAUUGCAAGAAGGGUACCGCUUUCUCUGCUGCACAGCGUCCUGAGCUGACCGGAGCAGGCGUUUUCUCCUCUAGCGUCCUUGGGGGCCUUCUGAGAUGAACCCUCCCUCUGUUUAAUGGAAAGAUUACUGAUCUGAUUUGUUAUCGCCAAGAGGGGAUAAGUUAGUGAAAUCAACUGAGAGCUCUCAGAUGAGAGCAAACAGGAGUUUUAGCUGAGUGAAGAGACAAAGGAGGAGUAAAAAAUAUUUUGAAAAGGCCGUGCUCAGGAAGUGCGUUCGUCUGCUUUAUAAAUAAACUUCAAACUGCUUACUGGCCUUCCCAA